AUGUCAUUUGGUUAUAACCUGGAACAACAUAAAAUCUUAAACCUUCUAUCAAAAUACAUAAAAAUUCAAAACUACAGUAAAGAUAUCGCCAUUGUUCGAGCUUUACAGAAAGUCAGGAUAGCUUCUUCCAUGUUGGAAAAGGCCCACUAUUUAAUUUCAUCCUCCUUUUUCGAUCCAUCAUUUCACCUGGAUUCUAACUCAUCAUUUUCAUAUCUUAUCUCAAUAUAUAACCACUUGGAGGAAGCGGGUGAUGACCUGAACAGCCCGUUCAGAGUUAUCACCAACAUCACCAGUGAUGAACUCAGCACAGAAAUAUUAGAGAAGAAGGUGGAUGAAGCGGUCAGAAUACACUGGUAG